CAAAUCACCGCAGGAGCGUUGACUGAAAAGACAGAAACCAUGUUUCCUUCCCCUUCUCCUCCUCCUCCUCCUCCUCGCCCUCUACCUCGAUGGAAACACGAUGUGUUCGUCAGUUUCCGAGGCAAGGACCUGAGAAGAAACUUCAUAUCGCACCUCUUCUCCGCUUUGGAGCGGGCCUCAAUCAAUUUCUUCAGAGACAACGCGAGAGAAGACAUUGGGGAAGAAAUCAAAUCCAAGCUUUUCAAAGCGAUAUGGCAUGCGAAGAUUGCCUUGAUUGUGUUCUCCGGGAACUACGCCGACUCGAAGUGGUGCAUGAACGAGCUGGUCGAGAUUCUGGAGUGCAAGAAGAGGUUCGGAAACCAUGGUCACCUGGUUGUUCCCAUCUUCCACGAGGUAAAAGCCGGAGACAUUUCUCACUUCGAGGGCGGAAGUGAAUUCGCUCGAGGUUUUGCGAGAUUGUGUGGAAACGCGACAGAUGAAGGGCAGAUACGGAAAUGGAGGGACGCCCUGAGAGAGACUAAGCAAUUGACAGGACUCGGCUUGAGGAACGACGCCGGAGAGGAUGAAGGGAGACUCGUGGACAUAAUAGUAGAGUACCUUGUCGAGAAAAUCCGCGAAACACGGCCACUCUACUUUGUGAAAAAAGCAAUAGGGGUGGAAUUCUUGGUAGACGAGGUGAUUUCUUUAAUUAGAAAGGGCCAAGAGGAGGACGUGCGCAUCAUAGGCAUAUGUGGAGUAGAAGGAACAGGUAAGACGAUGGCAGCCGCAGUCAUCUGUGAUCGCAUUCGCCGCGAUUUCGAGUGCUUCAUUUUUCUUGAUAAAAUCGGAGAAGCAGAUCAAAAUAAUCUUGUCGGUCUACUAGGCCUACAACAGAAGCUGCUCCAUGAUCUCAUAAAGGCGAAAGGAUGGAGGAUGUAUGGCGACAUUCAGACUAACAUCAACGAGAUAAAUAGUAACAUGUGCCAUAAAAAGGUUCUUCUUGUUCUUGAUAAUGUUACUAGGAAAGAACAGAUCAAUUACUUCGGGGCCGGAGAGCGAGAACUGCUGUGUCCAGGGAGCAGGAUUUUGAUCACAACCAGAGACCAAAACUUGCUGAAAGAUCUCAAAGUAGACGACCAGUACAUCGUCAAAGGAUUGGACCCAAAUGAAGCACUUCGGCUCUUUUGUCGCCAUGCCUCGAGGAGAGAAGAACCUCAAGAAGGCUAUGAGGAGCUGUCCAAAAGUCUAGCUCAUUAUGCAGGAGGUCAUCCAUUGUCUCUCGAAGGGUUUGGCUCGUUCCUAAAUGACAAGUCAAAAGAUCAAUGGCAUGAGAUAUUGGAGAAGUUGGUGAGAAGCCCUUAUCUCGAUUCGCUCUCUAGUUCCUUCCAGUCCGUCGGGCCAUAUGGAGGUCAAGGCGGCGAUGCUUUUGAUGAUUUGACACAUACGGGUGUGAGGCAAAUUAGUCUCUAUGGACGGUCAGUUAUAAAUUUCAUGACCGUCGAUUAUGACCAAAAUGGUUGUUUGGUGAGUUUCCAGCACGGUGAAGAUCACUACUACCAUGACCGCGCAAAGCUGGUGAGAUUGGAUCAUCCAAGUGAAUACCUAAUUUCUAUAUCAGGCCAUAUUGAUGAUUAUGAAGGUCAUGACGUUGUUCGGUCUCUCAAGAUCCAGAGCAACAAGAAGACGUACGGACCAUUUGGUUCGGAAACAGGACGGCCUUUUGAUCUCUCACAUUUUGGUGGACAGAUUAUCGGUUUUCACGGGAAUUGUAGCAGCCAUCUCGACUCAAUCGGAGCACAUUUUGGGGCAAUUUCUCACACGUAUCCAUUUGAUGCGUUCGGACCAUUUGGUGGUCACAGUGGUAUGGACAUUUGGGACGACGGAAAAUACACGGAUGUGAGGCAAAUCGUCAUAGGCUUCGAUUCGGCAAUUAAGUCAAUCUCUAUUUUAUAUGAUGAACAUGGACGCCCGGUUGGUCCGUUCACACAUGGCACGAGUGGAGGAGGCAAAACAUAUACGAUUAAGCUCGACCAUCCAAGUGAGUACUUGACAUCCAUCUCGGGCUACACUGAAGAAGUUUUUGGACUCACCAUUCUUCAGUCAUUAACAGUCCACACCAAUAGAAGGGAUCAUGGACCGAUCGGAACAGCUAAUAAAGGGAGGCAGUUUUCAUCUCCAUACACCGGCGGCAAAAUUGUCGGGUUUCACGGGAGUUGCAAUGGCCCUCAUCUCGAGUCCAUUGGAGCUCAUUAUGAGCCGAUUCCUCAUACUCAUCCUUUUAAGGUUUUUGGGCCUUUUGGAGGUGACCAUGGAGAUCCUUGGGAUGAUGGAAGAUACAUUGAUAUAAAGAGGAUUGUUGUUUGCUAUGGAUUCUUCGUAUAUUCCAUUGAUAUAGAUUAUGUUAACAUGGAUGGUUCUAUUCGAUCCACUAGGCAUGGUCGACAACUCGGGCCACAUAUUUACGAGGUUAAAUUGGAUUACCCAGAUGAGUUCAUAACCUCAAUUUCAGGUUUUUUCUCCACCACUGUUAUCAGCUCUCUCACAUUUCGAACCAACAAAAGAGUAUGGGGACCCAUUGGUGAAGAGGAAGAGAGGUACUUUUCUUUACCAUCAGACGCUGGGAAAAUUAUCGGGUUUUUCGGAAGAAAUGGUGAUGUGCUCAAAUCUAUUGGAGCCCAAGUCGAGCUAUACUCUAACAAGCUCUAUCCCUUCAAGUCUGUGGGGUUAUUUGGGAGUUCAAGUGGGUCAUGUUGGGAUGAUGGCAAUAAGCAUACCAAUGUAAGGAAAAUCAUCAUUGAAUUUGUACCAAAUAAAAGGUCAUACAUCCGAUCAAUCAUGUUUCAGUAUGAAGAGGAGAACAAAGAAUUGUGGCAAUCGGAGACACAUGGUGGCAUUGAUGGAAACAAGUUCCAUAUAGUGAGGAACAUCCAUACGAUCAAUAUACAUGAUCCAGAUGAGUAUCUGACCUCAAUAUCCGGUUAUAUUUUGGGCAGCAUUAGAUCUCUCAUGUUUCAAACUAACAAAAAAAAGAUCGGACCUAUUGGUGAUGAAAUGGGAACGCACUUUUCAUCUCCUGCAACAGGUGGCAAAAUUGUUGGAUUUUAUGGGAGAAGUGGUGAACGUCUUGAAGCUAUUGGAGCAUAUUUUGAACCGAUCUCACAUCUCUACCCAAUUAAAUCAAUCGGACCAUUUGGAGGCCUAGGUGGAUGUGCUUGGGAUGACGGGAGAUUCAACGGUGUGAGGGAAAUUGAGGUCCUGCAUGAUGCGGUUAUCCAUUACAUUAAAUUUGUGUACGACAAAAGUGGUGAACAAGUUUGCUCAGUUAUGCAUGGCGGUCACAUCAGAGGAGUCGAGGCCAAGGUCACAAGGGUUAGAUUGGAUUAUCCACGAGAGUACUUGACAUCGAUCUCUGGUUACAACCAAGAGGAUGGUGACGAUAAUAAUAAUGCUAUCGUUCGAUCACUCACAUUUCAUAGUAAUAGAGGAAGACAUGGUCCCUUUGGCGAGGAGAAGGGGAAGUACUUUUGGUACCCAUCAACUGGAAGCAAAAUCAUCGGUUUUUAUGGAAGAUGCGGUGAGACUCUCAAUUCCAUAGGAGUGUAUGCGGAGCCCAUAUCGUACCUGUAUCCUUUCAAAACCAUUGGACCCUUUGGAGGCUUUGAUGGGACUCCAUGGGAUGAUGGAGUGCAUACCGAUGUGAGGGGAUUUCGCAUCAGUUUCAGCAACCUAAUUCACUCCAUCGGGAUUGUGUACGAUAACAAUGGUUCCUUUGUCGACCGCCCUCAACAUGGUGGAGGAGACGGGCCUCAAUUGAUGCAGGAGAACCGCCCCCAAUAUGGUGGAGGAGACAGACCUCAAUGGAUGCAGGACUACCGCCCUCAAAAUGGCGGAGGAGACGGGCCUCAAUGGAUGCAGGUCAGUCUAGAUUAUCCCAAGGAGCGUUUGGUUUCGAUAUCGGGUUGCUUGAUAGGAAAUGGAAUCAGUCCUCAAACUAUCAUCCACAACUUGAAAAUACAAACCACGAAGACCACUUACGGGCCGUAUGGACUCUACUUUGGAGCAUGGUCAGGGGAAGAUAACAGAAUGGUAACGGAAUUUCGUAUCCCGUCGGUAUCAGGUGGUGGCAGGAUCGUUGGCUUUUUCGGAAGGGCGGGAUCACAUCUUAAUUCUAUUGGAGCGCGUUUGGAACCGUAUUAGAUUAAAUCCUCUCCCUCCCCCAAGCUUUAUUUUUCUUUUUUGUUUCUUUGGCUUAUGAUUGUAAGAAUCCUCUUCUUUGUUUCUUUUUUUCCGAUGACGUUGAAAUAACUCUUUUAGUCAAGCGUUGGUCAUGGCGAGUUUCGCGUAG